GACACAAAACGGGGAACACCCCGCUUCACGCUCGCUGGUUUAACGGUAGUUGGGAGGCGGAGUUCGGCCCAAUAAAGUCCUCUCGGAACCGGCAGCGGGGCUCAGUCGCGCUUCUCCCGUUCACCGGAUUAAAGUUGAGUCUUUCCUUCCGUUUAACGGACGAACCGCUCGUUUCGACGCCGUUUGGACACCGUGAACGUUUCACCUGCGGCGCGCGACGAAAAGCUGAUGGAGCGUCUCUCGAUGCUGUGCCUGUGCGCGCUGGCGACCCUGCGCGGCCACCAGGGCGCGAUGUACCAGGCGCCCUCCUCCUACGGCGAACGUGGCUCCGACCUCGGCAUGCAGGUGUUUCAGCAAGUGGUGCGCUCCAAGCCCCUGGAGAACGUGGUGCUCUCCCCCCACGGCGUGGCCUCCGUCCUGGGGAUGCUGCUGCCGGGAGCCCACGGGGAGACUCGCAAGCAGGUCCUCAACGCGCUCCGCUACAAGAAAAACGGCCCGUACAGGAUGUUGAAGAAGCUCCACAAGACGCUGACGGCGAAGUCCAACCGGGACGUCGUGCUCAUCGCCAACGCCAUGUUCAGCCAGGACGGCUUCCCCAUGGAGGCGGCCUUCGUGUCCGCCAACAAAGCCAACUUCCAGUGCGAGAGCAGGGGCCUGGACUUCGGAGACCCCCAGGGGGCUGCAGAGGAGAUCAACCAAUGGGUCAGCAACAAGACCAAAGGUCACAUCCCCAGCUUGAUCAAAGCGGACAUGCUGGACUCGGCUCUGACCCGGCUGGUCGCCGUCAACGCCAUCUACUUCAAAGGCCUGUGGAAGUCUCGCUUCCAGCCCGAGAGCACCAAGAUGAGGCCGUUCACCGGGGGCGACGGAGACGUGUACAAAGUGCCGAUGAUGUCACAGCUGUCCGUCUUCGGCAUCGGAAUAGCCACCACGCCUCAGGGGCUGAAGUACAAGGUGAUCGAGCUCCCGUAUCACGGCAACACCGUCAGCAUGCUGAUAGUCCUGCCCUCCGAGGAGGACACGCCUCUUUCCUGCAUUAUCCCGCACAUCAGCACGGCCGCCGUGCGGAGCUGGACCAAACUGAUGAGCAUGCGCAAAGUCCGCCUGCUCAUCCCCAGGUUCACCGCUGACGCCGAGGUGGACCUGGAAGCCCCCCUUUCGGCGCUGGGAGUAACGGACAUGUUCAGCGAGGACAAAGCCGACUUCAGUCACCUGAGUUCCGAGCCCGUUCACGUGUCCAAGGCUUUGCAGAAAGCCAAAAUCGUGGUGAAUGAAGAUGGAACGAAAGCGGCCGCCGCCACAACCGCCAUUUUGCUGGCGCGGUCCUCUCCACCCUGGGUCACGGUGGACCGACCUUUCCUCUUCCUCAUCAGACAUAACCCAACAGGUACCGUCCUCUUUAUGGGCCAGAUCAACCAGCCUUGAGCCCAGACGUCACUGGUUUCAUCGUACGCCAGCAUGGGAAAUGCUUCUACCCUGCCAGGCGUAAACAAAGACACACACACUUUGCUGUAGACUUAUGUACAGUGUGGACAUAUGAUGUUUGUUUUAAAUGUUGCUUUUUAUGUUGCAUAACACGCUGUAUACGAUGUUUUUCUGCUGACUACAUUUUCCAGCCGUUUUUAAUUUUUUUUUUUUUAUACUUCUUUUUUUUUUUUAUACUUCUUUUUUUUUUUUAAAGACUUUGAAUGUCAGUUGUGUAUUUUCUCAACUCUGGAGCAGCGCGAUCACUUUAUUUAUCGUGCCGCCGUUUGCAGUUUUAGACGUUUUUUUUUUUUUUUUUAAGUUAUGGCGACGUGCAUCCAUCCCAUAAUGAACGUCCUGCAUUCAGCCGCUUUUGCAAUGAUUGUUUCCCCCUCGCCGAGGAAGUCUCCUGUUUUCAUACUCGCUUCGUAUUUGAUUGAAUAAAAACACAUAUUUAUAACAUCAA